AUGUUCAAGCUUCUGAUUGCUGCGGCUCUUGCUGCGGUGGGCGCGUCCCAGUACGCCAUGCCGCCUAACACGACCAAUUCAACUACAUUCAUGAACCCGAUCGUGGACGCUGGAGCAGACCCCUGGAUGUUCCGCCACGAGGACUACUACUACAUGACCUACACCAACAACGUCAACAUCACCCUCUGGCGCAGCAAGUCCCUGACCUCCUGGGACGCCGCAGAGUCCAAGACCAUCUUCGUCCCCGAGCCCGACCAGGCCUACUCCACCGACCUCUGGGCGCCCGAAAUCCACCAAAUCGACGGAAGCUGGUGGGUAAUCUUCACCGCAGACCCCAACUUCGACUCCCCACCACCCGAGGUGGAGAUGUGGUGCGAGUACAACUGCCCCGCCGUCAAUCACCGCAUGUUCACCGUCGUCGGCGAAGGCAAAGAUCCCUGGACCGCCGAGUACCGCUACCACAGCGAACUCGAGACGUACGAUCAAUUCGCCAUCGACGGAACCUACUUCCAGCACGCCGACCAAUUGUACCACAUCUACUCGUGCUGGUACCACAAGUACGACGGCUGGCCAGCAAACCUCUGCAUCACCAAGAUGUCCGACCCUUCCACCACCGUCUCCCCCUUCUCCGAACGCCAGAUCAUUUCCGUCCCAGAGUACGCCUGGGAAAAGACACCCUUCGGCCGCUCCAUCAACGACCGCCUCUCCUCCAACGAAGGCCCCCAACAACUCACCAACCCCACCACCGGCCAAAACUUCCUCAUCUACAGCGCCGCCCGCUCAGACAACCGCAACUACUGUCUCGGUCAGCUCGAGCUCGUUGGCGACGAUCCCAUGAACCCUAGCGACUGGCGCAAGCAUCCUUACCCCGUUUUCUACCAGAAUCCUAGUGAGAAGGCGUACGGUGUUGGUCAUGCGUCUUUUACGACGUCGCCUGAUGGAUCCGAGGAUUGGAUCGUUUACCAUGGUAUGCAGGAUCCGACGAAUGGGUGGAGUGCGAGGUCGAUUCGUGCGCAGAAGUUUGGCUGGAAUGAGGAUGGGAGUCCGGACUUUCCUAAGCCGGGGUAUGGGCCGUAUCAGGUUCCUAGUGGGCAGUAG